AUGUUGAAUAUAUUAUAUUCAUUAUUAUCAUUAUUACUAAUAUCACUACGGUAUAAUCUAAUAUUAUUAGUACCGUUUACUUUUGCUGCUUUUGCUUAUUCACCUUCACCACCACCAUCAUCAUCAUCAUCAUCAUCACCAUUAUCAUCUGCACCACGAUUAGAAGAAUAUCUGGUUAAAUUUCGUACUCCGCCUGUCGAUAUUGAUAUGGGUAAUAAUUCGCUUGCAUAUUUACAACAAAAUAAUCUUGAAAUUAAUUGUUCAGUUUAUUCUUUAACGAGCGGUUCUAUUAAUAUUCAAGAUUUUUAUAAUCAAACGUGGUAUAAUGAUACUGAUAAUGAUUUUUUACCAGCUUAUUAUAUUACAAAUUGUUCAAUACCUCAUCUUAUAGAUUUGGUUAUGGAAAAUGAAUUGAAUGGUACCUCUGGCUCCGAUUUGGAAGAUUUUUCAGAAUUUGAUCAAAGUCCUUAUAAUGAAAGAGACAAUGGAGAUACUUUUGUUGCUUUAUUAUUUACUUUAUGUGGUUCAUGUGUUUCUUGUUGGAUGUUAUCAUUAUUAUUAUAUUUAUCACCUUCUCAUAAAAGAAAACCUUUAUUAACUCAAUUAGUAACUAUAUAUUUUUCGAUUGUUACUACAUUUUGUCUUAAUAAAGUUACUCAAACUGCUGAAGAAGAAUAUUAUAAUGAUACUUUAGAUGUUAUUAAAUUACAUCAUUUAUUAUAUAAUACAACUACUUAUAAAGUUUUAAUUAUUAUAACUCAAGUUUUAACUAUGCUGGCAUGGUUUCAAUUUAUUCAAGGAUUAAUGAAACAAAGAGGUAAAUUUUUACUUUCUUUUAUUACUUCAAUUAUAAUGUGUUUAUAUAUUGCAGUUUUUACUUAUCAUCAAGUUGUAUAUAAUACAAGUGAGUAUAUACAUUUAAAUAGUCAUGAUGGAUCAACUUUAGCUUGGUGUAUUUUAAGAGCUGUUACAAGAUUAUUAGUUAUUAUAUGGCUAUCAUUAAAUUUAUUAUGGUAUACAAUUAUGAUUAAAAAUCCAUUAACUACUAGUUAUUCAAAAAAAUUAUUACCAUUGGCAAUUUUUAAUUGGUGUUUAUUAAUUUUAGAUAUAAUUUUGAAUAUUUUACAUAUUACAUUAUUUAAAGAUAAUUGGUUAGUUAAAACAUGGUUGAUUUUAUUACCAUAUUUAAUUGAAGUUAUAUUGACUACUACAUUAUGGGAAUGGAUUUUUAAUAUUUCAAUUUUAGAAAAAAGAUCUGAAUUAAUGGGUAUAUUAGGUAGAAGAAUUAGUAUUGAUGAUAUUUUGGAUAUUCAACUGAAUGAUGAACGUAGAAGAAGGAAAAUUGUUAGUUUUAAAAAUAGAUCUGAUCAUAAAAUAUUUGGUUGGUUAAUUAAUUUAUUUGGAUUGAAAACUAAUAAUAUUUUACAAGAAGAUGGAUCAGAAGAAGAUGAAUUAAAAGAAUUAAUUAGUUCUACAAAUGAUUCAUCAACAUUUGCAAGACAAACUGAAUCAAGUAGAAUUGAAUCCAAUAAUUCACAAGUUCAUCAAGUUGCAAUAAUAUCACCAAAUACACCAGAAGUACCACAAGUAUACCAAACAAAUAAUGAUCUUGGUGAUCAUAUAAAUGAAGAAGAAUUUGAUGAUGAAUAUAUUGAUAAUUAUGAUAUUUGGGGAGAUGAUAGAGAAAGUACAACUAGUAAUACUAGACAUUUGACAUGA